AGAAGAAGAAGAAGAAGAAGAAGAAGAAGAAGCUGUACUCGGGAGAAAGGCGGUUCUCUGCUAAAAGUAACAGUAUGCCCGCUGCAGGGGAAUCAUACGAAACAAUUUGCAGGCUGCCCCCAGAUCUGUUAACUGAAGCAUCUCAGCACAUUCUGACUUAUCUUCGAGGGCAAAUCAGUGGGGUAGAUUCAGCUGAAAUGUCUCAUAGAUUUCAGAGGGCUGGAGUAACACUUGAUCAUGAAGCUGUCCAGAGCAUUAUCAGAUUUCUUCUGUUGACGUUCAGGUCAGCUGGAAAGAACAAGCUGUCUGCAGAUGAACUUGUGUCAAAACUGGAAGAAGGCAGCAGCAAAUGGUCUAAAGCUUCUCUACAGGUGUUGCACACGUUGUGGAGUGAACAUGGUGCUUCAGUACAUGCUCAGCAGGACGCACAGUCCCUGCUCAGCAUUGGUCAGCUUGUGGACAUGCAGUGGAAGCUGGGGAUGGCAGUGAGUUCAGACACAUGUCGGUCUCUUAACUCACCAUUCGUGUCUCUGCUGCUGAAGAUCGUCGAACCCUCUGGACAGAUCUGUCAGAAGGCUUUUGAGAUGACUAUUCCACAGUUUCAGAAUUUUCACAGGCAGUUCAAGGAGAUGGCAGCGAUUAUGGAAACUGUAUGAUGGCAAGGAUGCCUACGUGUGCAGUUUGAGCCAUAUUAUUUACGACGGAACGAAGGAACAUCUUUUUUUUCUGCAAGGUGUCUUAAAAUGUUGUUGUGACUUGCUGCAAAUGUCAGCUCUCAGCUUGUCCUUCUACGGGUUGUAUAAUCUCCGGUUAGAUGUACUUUCAGCACUUCAAGAUAAGAACAGCGUAAAGAGACUGCUUUCAGUGUUGUGUAGUUUAUCCUACUGCUUCUACUGCAAAACCCUGAAUGGUUUGCUUGAUUUUGCAACAUCUGCUAUGUGUUCAUAAUGUGACUGAUUUGUGACAAACUGUAAUACAUUUUCAUUAGUGCACUCCAGCCGUGGAUGUAAGUGUUUUUAUUAAAAGUAAAGGACUCAUGGGAAGCA